AUGUCCAACCUCUUUUCCCCAAUCAAGAUCGGCGACAUCACCCUCUCGCACCGUGUUGCACUCGCUGCUCUUGGUCGUUUCCGUUCCGACGCGUCGCACGUUCACUCAAGCGGUCACGGCUUCACGUACUAUACCCAGCGCGCGACACCUGGUGGGCUCCUGAUCACUGAGGCUACUCCUGUCCACCCUAGGGCUGGAGGUUACGCUCAUAACUCUGCGAUCACGACGGAGGCCCAGAUCGCUGCGUGGAAGAAGAUCGUGGACGGGGUCCACGCGAAAGGCGGCUUCAUUUUCAUGCAAAUAUGGGCCAUGGGACGUGCCGCUAGGCCAGACAUACUCAAGGCCCAAGAUCCGUCCUGGGACGUCGUCUCUGCCUCUCCAUUAUACUACCCCGAGACCGACACCAUGCCCCGCGAGCUCACCAUUCCCGAGAUCCGCGAGUUCGUCGCAUAUCACGCCGAAGCCGCACACAACGCAGUCCAUCUCGCCGGGUUCGACGGGGUCGAGAUCCACGCUGGGAACGGAUAUUUGAUAGACUCUUUUCUGAAGGACGUAUCGAAUUGGAGGACGGACGAGUACGGGGGGAGCAUCGAAGCAAGGUGUCGGUUUGCGUUGGAGGUUAUCGACGCGAUAGUGAAGGAGGUAGGCGAGAAGAGGACGGGAAUACGGUUGAGUCCAUUCUUCAAGGGAAACCAGAUGGACAUACCCGAUCCGGUCCCGACCUUCUCCCACCUCGUCUCCCGUAUCGGCUCUCUCCACCCCAACCUCGCCUACAUUCACUCGACAGAACCCCGCGUCGACGGCACAUACGGCGUUGUCGACGACUUCCAGACUUUAGCACCCGAUGUUGGCUCAGGCAACAACUUCAUCCGUGAGCUCUGGGGUGAGAGGCCAUUCCUUGUCGACGGUGGGUUCAAGGCGGAUACGGCAUUGUUGGAUGCGGAGAAGCAUCCGUGGGACGUGGUCGCGUUUGGGCGGAUGUUCCUUGCGAAUCCUGAUCUUCCGCGCAGGAUAAAGGAGGGUAUAGAGCUCAACGUGUACGACCGGUCAACGUUUUACACUCCAGAGACUCCAGUGGGGUACAUCGACUACCCUUUCGCCGAAGAGGUGCAGGCGAAGCGGCAACCCAGCCAGACAGAAAUUUGA